AUGAAGGCUCUGCUUGUUCUGGGGCUUCUGCUCCUUUCCGUCACUGUCCAGGGCAAGAAGUAUGAAAGCUGCGAGUUGGCCCGAACUAUGAAAAAACACGGAAUGCAUAACUUCAAGGGAAUUAGCCUGGCAACCUGGAUGUGUGUGGCCAAGUGGGAGAGUGGUUAUAACACAAAAGCUAUAAACAACAAUCGUAAAGACCAAAGCACUGACUAUGGAAUAUUCCAGAUCAACAGCCGCUACUGGUGUAACGAUGGCAAAACUCCCAAAGCAGUUAAUGCCUGUCGUGUAUCCUGCAAUGAUAUGAUGAAAGAUGACAUCUCUCAAGCCAUAGCUUGUGCAAAGAGGGUUGUCAGUGACCCAGCAGGCAUUCAAGCAUGGAGGGCAUGGAGUAAACACUGUCAGAACCAAGAUGUCAAUCAGUACAUUAAGGGCUGUGGAGUGUAGAGGGCU